AUGGGUCUCUUUGACAAAUCCUCAUUUACUGCAAACAACAGAACACAGACAAACACUCACACACCCAACCAAUGUCUCUCUCACUCUCCGGCGAUAUUCAACCGGCGGAGCCGGCCGGCGCGGCGCCGCCGCCGCCGGUGGCGGAGCUCCGGCAAACCCUUCUCCGGUCACACACCUCUCCUUCACCCUUGUUCUCCUUCGAUCUACACCCCCCACCCCCUUUUGCGUUUCCGAAACAGACCACCACCACCAUUAACCGGUGGUGGUGCGGCGGUGAGACGAGACGAGAGAGAAAGACCGAGAGAAAGAGACCGAGAAGAGAGAGAGAGGACCGACGAUGGUGGAGGUGACCGGUGGUUUUUGUCUCGGACCAGCAGUCGACGUCUCGGACCGGCGGACGGUGUCAAGGUCCGGCGGGCUAUGUCUUUAUCCGACGAGUUAUUCCGGUUUCACGGCAGCGAUGGCAGCCGUCUUCACCCGACAAACUUCGAUGAGUGUGCUUUCUUUCUUUUUCUGUUUCGGGUUAACACAGUGAUGUUACACAGUGGCUAAAGCUUUUAUUUUUUUGGGGGGAAUCUUGAUCUGGACGAUGGUGAACUCGGUUUCGGGUCUCGGGUCGGUAAACAACAGUCAAUAGUGGGCAAGAGGGCCAGAUUCACAUUUGGGUUCGGUCAACGGUUCAGGUCAACGGUUAAGAUUAGUCAAGCUGGUCAACGGCUCGGGUCAACGGGUUCCAGUAAGGCAGUCAACAAGGUCAGCUGGUUCGGUUCGGGUGACUCGGUCAAACCGAGUUGACUCGGUCAAACCUGGUCAACAGUGAGUUGACUCGGUCAACUCAGUCAAGCGACUCGAUGUCCGACACGAAGACUUGGUAAAAGUAAACGCUGCGUUUAAUAAUUAUGUUUCUAUAUAGUUUGAUUAAAUACGCGAAAUCGAGCUCUCAAAAUCGUAUCGAAUAAUGAAACUCUUACAAAAUAUCAAUUGGAUUUACAUAUUAUCUUGA